UGUUUUUUCUUUUUUGAAUUUUAAUUAAAAAGUACUUUAAUAUAUAGUAAAAAAAUGGAGAUAAACAAAACUUAAACUGUGAAAAUUAAAAAUUAAAAUGAAAUUAUUAUCAUAAUUUAUCAAAAGGAGUAUAAUUCAAUUGAUAUACAAAUAUCAAAUAUAUUAGUGAUCAAGAAGUUUGUCGUUGAAAUCUCAUUUAGAUUAAUUAAAAUUGUUAUCACAAUUUAAAAAUAAAAAAUGGAAUUGUUACCAAAACUGGGUUGAAGCGUCCAAAAUUUAUUUUGCCUCUUGAUUUCUUUCUUUAUCCCGAGAAUAACUUUUCAAUUUCCAAAUAAAAUAUGCCCAUACUUUUUAUUUUAACUUCUUGUCGAUUGAGCACAACCUAUGUCUAUGUGCAUGAAACAAGUUAUUUAAGAGAAUUAAAAAAAAACAUGCACUUACUUUCAGUAAUUUGGUGUAUCAGAAUUUAAAUAUUUGGUACUCUAGCUAAUGUAUAGCGGUGGCACUCAAAUCUUGCACGUGUUUAUCGUUGUCGUGGGUUUUUAUAGGCACGACUUCUAGUUUGCUUUUUUUGGUUUGGUUUCACUUUCCAACCUAAUCUGCGUGAGAGAUCUUCGCAUAGAUGUGGUGUUGAGCCUACCAAUUUUGAUGCGGUACAGAAGUAUAUAGUUUAGCUAAUUAAACACGAAAAGAGUAAGGUCAAGACUCACCUUUGGAGAUUACCUACUUUCCCUUUGGGAUCGUCAAAUGGGACUAUUAGAAUGCCUUUUUUCUAAUAGUCGCCUAUGGUUACGUGUAACUAUGAUGACUUUAGGAUAGUUUAUGGUGGUUAUUUUUCAAAUGGUAUAUAUUUCUUGACUUGGCUUAUUGGUCUAGAAUAUGAGAUUCUAACUCUUUUUUGAGAUGCAUGUUCUCCCAUGCCACUUCUUGAUUUUCCUUAGGUCUGGACCCGUCCAUGAACUUUGAAUCUUGCCUAAAAAAUCUUGAUGUAUGAGAAAUUUAAUAGAUUGACCUAAAUCUUAAACUCAAAAUGGGAUUUAACUCACCUUUGUGAUAUUAAUGUUUUAUUACUCUUUAAAAAAAGAGAAUUUAUGUAAACAGAAACCGGUACAAUUAACUCCUCAUUUAUAGCACUUAUCAACCGAUGAGAGAAAUCGGAAUCCCAAAAUGGAAGGACCGUGUAAAAAUGAUGUCAUGAAAGAGAAACAAUAAAUGAUGCUUCCCCAGUUUAUAUCAAAUGAUUGUUAGCAGGUACCCAGAGGCAUUAUAUUACAAUAUUUAUGAUUUAAAUGAUAGUCAUGUAUUACCUUUUUUUUUGUUUAUCAUCGAUAGGUCUGAUUCUCCUAGGCAAGGUCUAGGACCAUGGGCGGGGGCUUAGAUCCAAGUAAAUUCUGCGAGUCUCAAAAGAGAAAUAAGUUGGUCUAAUCCAGUCGGUUUGGUUUCACUUCAAGAAAAAUGAGCGGAUCAAAGAUCCUACAAUUUCGAUAACCACAUUUAUGCUAACGCUGCGAACAUUGCACAUAUCUCAAGUGAAUUUAAGACCAUGAAUUCUAUAAAUAAUCUUAUUUCAAUACCUCAAAGGUUAAGCAACAUUUCGUGUGCACAAUGAAAUCAAAUAUUCUUAAACUAACUUAGACAUCAAAAUAUACUCGAUUUGGCACGAGUUCUCUUCCGGCACCAAGGAAUCUGCGCGCCAACAAGUAUGCAUUCUCUCUAAAGUACAAACCCACAAGAGAACGAAAAUGUAAGUGGACAAUGUCGAGAGAAAGAGAGAGUUAGAAAAAGACACCAAAGAUACAUAGUACCUUUGUAGAUGAGUGACACAGAGACCCUAAAAGGCUUUCAAAUUCUCUAUCUUCUCUGUGUAACCUGAAAGCUCUUUAAUUUAAAUACCAAAGCAUUAUUGAGAUAGGUAGCUGUGAGAAGAAGUUAAGUAAAAGAAUCAAGUUAAUAAUGUCUGGUUCAAAGGAAGGACUGACCGGAGAGGGGGAGAACAAUAACGAGGAGCAGAGGAAGGACUAUGUGGAUCCACCAGCAGCUCCAUUGAUGGGAUUUUCAGAGUUGAAGAAAUGGUCGUUUUACAGAGCUGUAAUUGCAGAGUUGAUGGCAACACUACUUUUCCUUUAUAUCACAGUAGCCACUGUCAUCGGAAACAACAAUGCACAAACAACAGGGCCCUGCUCUGACGUUGGGGUUUUGGGCAUAGCAUGGGCCUUCGGCGCUGUCAUCUUCGUCCUUGUUUACUGCACCGCCGGUAUUUCAGGGGGCCAUAUCAACCCCGCCAUCAAGUUCGGGAUGCCAUUGGCCCGAAGGGUGUCGCUGAUUUGCGCGGUGGCCUACAUGGCAGCGCAAUGUCUGGGAGCGGUUGCCGGUGUUGCAUUGGUCAAAGCUCUCAUGAGGCAUGACUAUAAGAACAACGGCGGCGGAGCCAACCUUGUCGAGAUCAUCGGCACUUUUCUACUGGUUUACACUGUAUUCUCCGCCACUGACCCAAAAAGAAACGCCCGCGACUCCCAUGUUCCUGUAACCCUCUGUUUUGGCUCCAUGCCCAUCGGACUUGCAGUCUUCGUUGUGCAUCUAGCUACGAAUCCGAUCACUGGCACCAGCAUCAACCCUGCUCGGAGCUUGGGCGCUGCCGUCAUGUUCAACAAUAGAAGAGUUUGGAGUCAACAUUGGAUAUUUUGGGUUGGGCCAUUUGUUGGGGCGGCGGCGGCGUACAAUCAAUACGUCCUCAGAGCGUCGGCUGUCAAGGUUCUUCGAUCCUUCCGCAGCAACCCUUCUGCUUAACAAACGUCCAUCCUUUUCUUUCGUUUUUUCUCAAGUUUUGAAGCCUCCUAAUUUUGCUUAUUUGUGGCCUAUAGUUUUGAUUAAAUAGGAUAGGAUGUUCUUUGUUUUCAUUCCUAUUCAUAAGCAUAAAACCAAUCUCUCUCUUUCUCUCUCUCUCUAUUCCAUCAAUUCUAGUUAAAUAGUAACUAAAUGUAAAUAUCAAAUUUUGAGUAUUCCUAAAAACUUCAGAAUUGAAAGACGAAGUUGACUUUCUGUCCAAAUUUUAAGGA